AUGUCCGAUCAGAACCUCAUUCGUAUCGACUACGAAGGCAACUUUGCCAUCAUAACGCUCAACAAUCCGACCAAGUUCAACUCCCUGACACAGAGCUUAUUCUCUCGUCUAGCGAGUCUGCUCAGGAAGGCAGAUGCAAACAAGGAUGUUUAUGUUACUCUUCUGAUUGGAGAGGGACCUUUUUUCUCCGCCGGUGCCGAUCUCAAAGACAGCCCUCCGUCCAUGGACGAGAUGCUGUCUCGCCCCUAUUGGCUUCCUAAGCUCGUAAACAACAACUUGGAUGUCGCGAGGGCCUUUUAUAAUCACUCUAAAAUCCUUGUGACUGCUUUGAACGGGCCUGUGCUCGGACUUUCGGCCGCGCUCAUCUCCCACUCAGACUUUAUCUACGCAGUGCCUGAUGCGUAUCUUUUGACGCCGUUUAGUUCGCUAGGUUUAGUUGCUGAAGGCGGUGCCAGUGUUGCGUUCGUCCAUAGGAUGGGACCCAGUAAGGCCAACGAGGCGUUGAUCCUGGGCCGGAAAAUCCCCGUCAGCGAGCUUGUCCAGGUCGGCUUUGUCAAUCACGUCUUCAAGGACAAAAACAACUUCCGGGCCCAGGUGUUGGAAUAUUUACGCCAGACUUUUAGUUCGCAUCUGGUCGGCUCGAGUCUGCUGGGAACAAAGGCACUGAUGCGUCGCCGGAUCGUUCGUGAGCAGGACGAGAUGGCGCCCUUAGAGACGUUCCAGGGCCUUGAGCGUUUCUGCGCAGGCAUCCCACAGGAGGAGAUGGGCAAAGUUAUCUCGGGAGCUAAGAAACACCGACUUUGA